GGAGGUCGGGGCGGUGCCGUCGGGCCUCGUGGGCUGCCUGGUCGGCUUGGUGCUGCCCCCGGGGCCCGCCGCCUCCCCAGCCUUGCCCCGGGGCGGAAUCGAAGGAAGGUCAGGUUCGGUCGCCCCGCCCCUCUUCGCCGCUGAGCGGUAGCUGUGCCGUGGGUGGCUCACUAUUAACUUUGACUUCAGCCACGUGCAGCUUCCAUGGCGGCCUCUCACGUUCCGGGGGAGAUUAACAUACAGGCGGGAGAGACGGCCAAGGUCGGGGACAGGGACCUGCUGGGGGACGACUGUCCGGAGCAGGACAGGCUUCCCCAACGCUCCUGGAGGCAGAAAUGCGCCUCCUACGUGCUGGCCCUGCGGCCGUGGAGCUUCAGUGCCUCGCUUACCCCGGUGGCCUUGGGCAGUGCCCUGGCCUACAGAUCCCAGGGCGUCCUGGAUCCCAGGCUGCUGGUGGGUUGUGCCGUGGCCGUCCUUGCCGUGCACGGGGCUGGCAAUUUGGUCAACACUUACUAUGACUUUUCCAAGGGCAUUGACCACAAAAAGAGUGAUGACAGGACCCUGGUGGACCGAAUCUUGGAGCCCCAGGAUGUUGUCCGGUUUGGAGUCUUCCUCUACACUCUGGGCUGUGUCUGUGCCGCUUGUCUCUACCACCUGUCCCCUCUGAAACUGGAGCACUUGGCUCUCAUCUACUUUGGAGGCCUGUCUGGCUCCUUUCUCUACACGGGAGCCAUGCAAGCUAACUUGACAACCUGAUACAAACUUCGGAGAAACCACCUCAACAACUCGCGAAUAGAAGGCCUGUUGCUGUGUUUGCCACUCAGAAGAAUCUCCUGAGGCGUUCAAACUGCAAAGCAGGAGAAUCUGUUAGAUGGCCAUUGCCUGCCCUCGCUCUAUCUGAAAAUGCUUCGAGCCUGACAUCUAGGAGUCUUCUCAAGUGGCCACCCUCAAGUGGCCACCCUUUAUGAUUUGCUCCAAUCACGAACCAUCGUUUUUCUUUUGUUUCCAUAGGAUUGCUCUUAUUAAAUACCUGACUGGUUGUGCAACAGAGGCCUAACUUUGGGAGCCCUCCUGCAUCACUGCCUCCUGAAGGGACUCACCACUGUUCUCAGGACUAGAGGACGGGCUCAGUGUGAUAUAGGACCAUCAGCUACUCAGCCACUAAUUCAGUUCCUUCCCCCAUAGCCAUCUACUCAGCUUUUAAUGUGUGAAGUUUCCUGGGUGGCUUCAGAGGAGGAGCUGAUGGGGUCCAGGGCAGCCUGCCCUACGAUAUGCCACUUUGGCAUAGGGAGCAUUUCAAAUUUAAGUUACUUAAGAAACAGCCAGUAUACGAAGGACACUCUGGUCCUCCACUGUCCCCCUGAAAGCAGGAAGCUUUUCCUCCCAUUAAUCUGUCUUAUAUCAAUUUAAUUAUUACACCAGCCUAAGGAUCUAGAAGGCGUUACCUUCUGCAAGAGGCCUCCUCUGUCCUCACUGUUUAAAGUGACAACUGCUCACCCCAAUCCCAACCCCCUAAAUCUACUCUGCUUUUUUUCUUUUUCUACAAGGCCUGCACCUUCUUCUAGCAUGCUGCCUGAUUUACUUACUUCCUAUGUUUUAUUUAGUUAUUGUCUGUUCCUGCUUGCCCCACCCCCACCAGCGGAACAUAUUUGGUCUGUUUUGUUCGCAGAAGUAUCCCAAGUGCCUGUAGUGACCAGCUGGCGGUAGGCCCUCAGGAAACGUGUGUUAAUUGAAUGCACGCAUACAUGCCCUUGAAGCUGAGGAAGAGGUAGGCUGCCCUGUGGAGGGGUGUCUUCAGGUCUGCUGCAGUGCUGGAAGUUUCCACCCAGGUCCAUUUCCCUGGCAUGUUCGGUCCCUGCAAGGGCUUGUGGUGGAGAGUUAGUCUCAGCACGAGCUGGAGCCAGUUGCACAGGCAGUGGAUGGUGACGUGGGCAGGGGCCUUUGCUCUAUCUUUCCAGGCCAUUGACCCGCUCACCCUCCAUUCCUCCUCCGCUGCUGCCUCAAGUGCUGUGUCCAGCCGGAUACAGGCUGGUCUCCUCCGUCUCCAGCCUCCCCAGGAUCAAGCAAGCAGCCUCUUGGGAUCCUUCUUCUCAGCCUUGACAGGGUCCGUUCCCAGCUCCAGGGAAUCCCCAGAAAGCAGGUGCUUGGCAUCACUCCUGCAGCCAAGAUGUCAACGCCCCCAGCUCUGGGUGCUGGCCCCUCAGAGGCCUCUGUCCACGUUCAUCUGCCCGGCAGUGGUCUCUGCCCUGGCCACACAGCCUCCCCAGAACCCCGCAGAAGCUUCUCUGGAGAGGCAUGGUAGAUGUGGUGAGGCCGUCCUGCAGCCUCCUGCUCUAAGCAAGGCCACGCUGCGUCCUCCCCACAGGGCAGGGACACAUGGCUCUCCUCACCUCCCACUGUCCGCUCUUCAUCUUCAGGGAGUGCUUUUGUGGUCAGGCCUGGACCCUCCACCAUCCUGGGAGUGUGGAUCAGGGACCCUGGAACUUCCUACCUCCUGCGCCCAUCCUCACGGUUCCUGAAAAGGCUUCUCAGACUUACCAGACCCAAACUACACUCCCACCCCAGUCUCCCUGCCUUCAUGAACAGUACCCCCGGUGUCUGAGAUGCUCAGUGCUGGAAACCCCCAGAGCUGUCCUCGGUGCCUCUCACACACAGGCUGUCCCUCAAGAAGUCCUGUGGGCCCUCCCUCCAAAGAACCAGCAGAAUCCAACCACCUCUUACCUGGCCACUGCCCUGCCCUGGUCGGAGCAUACUGAGUCUCGCCUGGAGCAUGGCCGUGGCCUCCUAACUGGUUUCCCUCAUGCCACCUUUGUCCCCUCCGGUCUAUUGUUUGCCCAACAGCCUGGGGGUUGUGCAAAAAUGCAGGCUGGUUAUGUCCCUUCUCUGCUCAUGGCCCCGCCAAGUCCCUUCCCCCAGCCCCUGGUCCCACAUGAUUUGCUCUCCUCCUGCUCUCUGAACUCCUCCUUUGCCCUCACCCCAUUCCCCUGUCCUCCAGCUACACUGGCCCUUUGACUCUUCCUUGAAUUCAACAGGCAACUUCCUGCCCCAGGGCCUUUGCUCUUGCUGUGCUCUCAGCCUGGAAUUCUCUCCCUCUAGAUAGCUGCAAGUCUCACUCAUUCCUUCAGCUCUCUGCUCAGGGGUUACCCACUCAGAGAGGCUUUUCUCAACCACCCUGUGUAGAUAGCCCCCACCCCCUCCUUUUCAGCCCACCCACUUCCAUCUAUUUUCUACACAGCUCUUUCCUGCCUUAUAUUUUGUAAAUACUUGUUUGUGAGUCAUAAUGACAGCUCCAUGAGAACAGGGAUAUUGGUUUGGGUGCUGCUUCAUUUCCAUUGCUUAGAACUUCAUUGUCCAAAUUCAGCACAGGUGAUUACUAAAAUGUAAAUUAAUUAAAAGAAAAGAAAAAAUCCAUUUCCUCAGUCACACUAGUGCUUAAUAGUCACAUGUGGUUAGUGGUUCCAUACUUGAUAGUGUAGAGAUAGAACAUUUCCUUGGUCAGAGAACAUUCUAUCGAGCAGUGCUGGCUUAGAACAUAGCAGGUACUCAGUGAGUAUUUAUUGAAUGAAUUAAUGACUGAAUGGUGCUUUUGAGAACAUCAUCCUUAUAGGAAGGUGGCAAGUUCCUCCCAUGUGCUGGACAUCGGACGGGGAGGUUUUUACAUAUUAAUUCAGCUUUAUGAUGGCGGCAUGAGAUGGUCCUCAAAGUUACUAGUUUAUAGGCAAGGAAAUGGGCUGGCAGAGUCUAACACAUUUUUUAACAGCUUUAUUGAGAUAUAAUUCACAUACCGUAAAAUCUUCCCACUUAAAGUGUAAGGGUCAACGCUGUUUAGCAUCGUCACGGAGUUGUGCAAUCCUGACCCCACUUUCCAAAUAUUUUCAUCACCCCAACAAAGUACCCCCACGCAGUCACUCCCUGGGCUGCUAUUAAUUUCCUUUCUGUUGCUCUGGAUUUGCCUAUUCUGAACAUUUCACAUAAACAGAAUCAUUCGGUGUGUGAUACUAUGUGACUGGUUUAUGUGGUGAGUGCUAGACUUUACAACUCCAUGAUCUUGUUAUUAAAAACCCAAUGGCUACACUACACAUUUUCACGUGUUAGAAAGGAAUAAUAAUAAAUAGCUGGAAGAUGGCCAGUGAGGCAGAGUGAUAGGCGAGAAGAAAGUCCUGGGUCUUGAAGAGAUGUUUUUACGUUACGGUUCACAGCAGUGAACUCACACUGCUAGCACUCACAGGAGCUAAAAUAUGGAAGCACCCCAGGUGUCCAUUGAUGGAUGAAUGGACAAGCCAAAUGUUGCCCAUAGAUGUGCUGGAAUAUUAUUCAGCUGGAAGAGGAAGAACAUUCUUUUUUUUUUUAAUUGUUUUUAACGUUUACUUAUUAUGGAGAGAUAGAGAG